UGGCGGAGGGCGGCCAUGCCGAAGGCGAGCGAGCCGUGCGUGGUGUGCGGGGAAGGCGGCCCGGGCGCCGCCAAGUACCGCUGCCCAGGCUGCCGGCUGCGAUAUUGUUCCCUGCCCUGCUACAAAAAGCACAAAGAACAAUGCCAGGGCCAAAUCUAUCACGGUGCGCAGCCUGCAAAGCCAGAGAUUUCCUGGGAUGCUCAGGAGGAGAGAUCAGUAAAUGCUGAAGGAAGCACGUGGUCUGUGGAUAACAUUUUAACAGAUGACGACGAAGAUGAUAAGGUGCCCCUGGAGAAACUUCAGCUCCUAAGCAAAUCGGAAGAACUCAGAGGCAUUCUGCUCAACCCCCACCUCCGGCAGCUGCUCGUCGACGUCGACCGAGCGGAAGACAAGAGCUUUGCCCUGAGGAAGUCCAUGCAGGAGCCGCUCUUCGUGGAGUUUGCAGACUGUUGCUUGCGGACAGUUGAGCCCCCCGAGAAGGAGAACGAACGGCCAGCCUGAGUUUGGGCUGGGGAGGUCAGCCAGCUCUGGGUCGGCAAGAGCAUGUGCGCGUGCCCCUCCUUGCUCUCUGCCGGAAUCCCAGGCCAGGCUCCCUCAGCCCGGUGGCCUCGCGGCAUGCUGGUUACAGUUCCCAUCGCUGGCCUCGCACUCCCAACAUGUCGUGAAGAGACCCUUUUGGAAAAGGCUCUCCCAGACCAUUCUUCCAAGGGGCCAAUGCUUUGGAUUUGGAAAUGCAAACAUACAGACCAGGCCAGGCAGUUUGGAAAUGGACCUUUGUAGCGCUAACUGUGGGGCGCCAGAAGCGUCAAAAUUAGCUUGUACGCCGUCGUGGCUCUUGAUGCAGCCGGCCUCCUGAAGCUGCACGCUUCUGCUUCGGACACACUGAGUUUCGCCCUCUGGGGCCUCUGCUGUCCUUCAAGCUGCCCAGCUUCCUACGAGGCUUGCAACAGGAGCAAGAUCUGGUUCAUUCCUUGUUUGUGCUAGCACCCCAACCUUCCUUGUGUGGGAUUUACUGGAAAUCUGGUUUUGCUGCCACCAAGUGUGAGCAAAGCAGCCAGGGAGAUGCUGGUAGGUGUCGAGUUCAGAAAGCUGGAUCUCCCACUUCCUUUCACACUGUAAAAAGAGCCUCUGGGUUUGAAACCCCUUAAGUUGCUUGGGAGGGGUGCCCAGCCCUUUCCACCUGUGCUGUUUCCCUGCCUCCUGGUUGAUUGUCUGUGUUUCCUUUUUGGAAUUUUUAAGUCACUGGGCAGGAGGGAUGCCGCUUGCCCUAGAGAUGUCCUUGAAAUACAUUGUGAGUGAGUUUGUUUGA